AAAUUUAUAGGUGUUGUUAGGCAUGUAAACAACUUGGAAAAUGGAGGAGGAAGUGACAAGUGGAGGCGAUAACAUUGUCGCAGAAUUCAAUACUUAUGAAGACUUUUUGGACUCGCAGAUAAAACCUAUAGAUCUAUUUUACUUAGAGGAUGAAGAGUUGGCACGUCAGGUUGUGGAAUUGGGGUACAGAGGGAGUGGGGAGGUGUUGAAGAGGGAGGAGUUUGAGGCAAGGAAACAGGCAGCAGAGGCCAGUCGGCUGUCUAAACGUAGUCAGCAAAAGACACUUGCAAGUUCAGGAAAGGAACUGAAGGACCCAUUUUUGAAAGCACUUGCUCAUAGAGAAGAGGCAAACAGGAGCGGGAAAAUGACUACAAUCAUCUUCAUCCGAGACAAGAAUGCUCGAGGACAGGAGAUUUCUGGCUAUGUAGAUUAUGCUCACAGACUGAAGACAGAAGAUUUUGAACCAUACUUUGGUGCAAGGAAAAGAUUAUUGCCUAGGCCGUCUGAUUUAAGCUUUUACAACUGGGAAACACAGACAUCCACAUCUAACCCAACACCUAACUACCAGGUCAUUGCAGAGAAUGCAUCUGGACUGUUGUUCAAAAACAAGCGAGACAGAAAAAUCAUCAACGUUGACCCUAAGGUGACCACACCCGGUGAUAACUCCACCCGGACCGUCAUUGAAACCUGCAAGUAUGUUCAGGCAGUCAUCUAUGAUCACAUCACACGGCGAAAGACAUGAUUUGUUUGUUACAAGAUUAAACUGACACUCUAGAAUCCUUUAGUUGCGAGAAUCUGUACACAAAGAUCUGGCUCCACCUGCUUCAUAACGUCUGGAAGUUCUUAAAAAUGUGUUAUCUACAUAAAUUAUGACAAAACCUCACCAAGACUGAUCUUUCCAGAAACUUGUCCCUUCUGCAUUUCCCUAGAAGAGGCAACCUUGUGAUAGCAGUGGUCACACACACUGUGUUUGUGUGGCAUUCAUGUUUAUUGAGAAAUAAGUUGGGUAUAUUAAACUCCAGAUUAUUUCUUUAAAAUAUAUUUAUAAACUUAUGUUGAAGUAAAUCAUGUAUUUUCAAAUGUCAA